AUGUUGCGGACUGGUUUGGUUGUGCUCUUGGCGGUGGCCCUCUGUGGCGCCGCUACUUCUCCCCUGGUGAAGCCCAUCCAGGGGAGCAAACCCUGGAGGCCUCGUCUGGAUGGCCGGAUCGUCGGUGGUUCCUCUGUCAGCAUCUCCCAGUACCCGUGGCAGCUCUACUUUACCAUCGCCAACUACAUGUGCGGCGCCUCCAUCAUCAGCAACAACUGGGCCCUCUCCGCAGCCCACUGUGUGGAUGGAUUCGCCAUAGGCCAAAUGCAGCUUCGUUCUGGCACCUCCACCAGAGGUAGUGGUGGUACCGUCCACAGUGUAGCAACCGGCUACAUCCACGGGGACUACGGGGACUACGAUUACGACGUCUGCGUGGUGCAAGUCUCCAACGCCUUCAGCUUCGGCACCAACGUGCAAGCCGUCAGCCUGGCCUCGUCAGAGCCCUCUGCUGGGACCUCUGUCACAGUCACCGGCUGGGGCCUGACGUCUGAGAACGGCAGCCCAGCCAACACUCUGCAGGCGGUCACCGUCCAGAUCGUGGACCGCAACUCGUGCAACCGCGCUUACGGCGGCAUCACCAGCCGCAUGCUCUGCGCAGGAGUGAGCGGAGGUGGCAAGGACUCGUGCGGAGGGGACAGCGGUGGUCCUCUGGUGUCCGGCUCCACCCAGGUGGGUAUCGUCUCCUUCGGUUUCGGCUGCGCCGAGGCCGACUAUCCCGGCGUCUACGCCAACGUCGCCAACCUGCGAUCCUGGAUCCAGCAAGCUUCUGGAGUCUAA